GGCGAGGGGGACACCCAGAACUCCAGACAGGAGUCCUCGGGUGCCACCUUUCCUCUCCACCUGGCCCUGCGUGGGCUCUGUCCUCAGGGUGGCCCGCCGUAGUCCCCCUCCCCACUCUGAGUUUCCUGUCCCAAAGUUCUAAGGAAGUUUCCAGAACUACAUCUCACCAUCUUGAGUCAGCCUUGGCUCAGUGUCCAUCUCACAGGCCUGGAAGGGGCAGGAGUCAGCACUGUCCAGACCACAGGGCCUGAGUGUGGGGAGGGCAGCCGUCUAGGAAGGUGGUGGAGGGUUGUUACCUUGAGGCAAGAGGGCUGCAGGGCAGAAAGACACGGCAGGUGACUGUUGUGGGAGGCCCCAGAGAGGCCUGGGAGAGGGAUGGCCCACAAGGGCUGACCCUCCCACCACCCAGGGGGCCUUGGACAGGUUUCCUCCUGGCAGGGUGGCCCUUGUGCAUGGAACCCCUACGACAACUAAGGCUGGCAGGCAUGAGGUUUCCUGAAGGAGAAAGAGCUUGUGGGGCCCAGUGUGGCUGGGGGGGCGCUGGGACUCCAUUCUGAAGCCAAAGGCACUGGGAAGGGCUUCCGCAGAGGAGGGUUUGGCAGGGGUUGCCAGGAACAGCCUGGAUGGGGGCAGGGAACAGAUAAGGUGGGUGGAGGAGUCAGCCGGGAGCCUGGGGCUGGCUCCGGCAUGAUGUGGGGGUCUGCAAGGCCCUGGAGAAAGUGGGGUGGUGCAGCAGGGGGCACACCCACAGCUGGAGCUGACCCAGAUGGACAGCUUGGGCUCUGCCACACGGGACUAGGCAAGGAAGGGGCACGAACAAGCAGGAAGUGGUGAGGCGGUCUCCAGCUAGCUGCUCUCCCCUCCCCAGACUUUGGUUUCCUCCCUGCCGGCCUGGCCUGGCUCCCUGGCUCUGUGUGGUAUGGUCACACCCCCGUGCACCCCCUCCACUGAGAUGGGGCGGGGAGAGCACCGAGGCUGCUCUUCCUCUCCUGGGCUGACCUCUGAGCAGCAGACGGGGCUAAGCGUUCCCCAGCUCGCCUCCACACACAGCCCGUGCCACCACGCCGACAGUACCAUGAAGGACGAGGUAGCUCUACUGGCUGCCGUCACCCUCCUGGGAGUCCUGCUGCAAGCCUACUUCUCCCUGCAGGUGAUCUCGGCGCGCAGGGCCUUCCGCGUGUCGCCGCCGCUCACCACCGGCCCACCCGAGUUCGAGCGCGUCUACCGAGCCCAGGUGAACUGCAGCGAGUACUUCCCGCUGUUCCUCGCCACGCUCUGGGUCGCCGGCAUCUUCUUUCAUGAAGGGGCGGCGGCCCUGUGCGGCCUGGUCUACCUGUUCGCGCGCCUCCGCUACUUCCAGGGCUACGCGCGCUCCGCGCAGCUCAGGCUGGCACCCCUGUACGCGAGCGCGCGCGCCCUCUGGCUGCUGGUGGCGCUGGCUGCGCUCGGCCUGCUCGCCCACUUCCUCCCGGCCGCGCUGCGCGCCGCGCUCCUCGGACGGCUCCGGACGCUGCUGCCGUGGGCCUGAGACCAAGGCCCCCGGGCCGACGGAGCCGGGAAAGAAGAGCCGGAGCCUCCAGCUGCCCCGGGGAGGGGCGCUCGCUUCCGCGUCCUAGUCUCUAUCAUUAAAGUUCUAGUGACCGAGACCCGGGCUGCGUUCUCUGGGUCCGCGGGGGUGGCGCACCGCGGGCAACGGAGCCUGGAGGGGCCCAGCCCAAGCCCGGGCAGCCCGGCGGGCUUCCUAGUGGCUGCGUGAGAGUGGCUGCGAAGGAACGGGUCCUCCCCCUGGGGCGGGACUGGAUCCGGUCUUCACCUCCUACCCCACUCCCUACUCAGCCUCGGGGUCACAAGGCCGCCCAGUCCUGCCGGGGUUCACCCUCCUAGCGCUCAGCGGUCUCCUCACCGGUCCCCCUCCUCAGGGGCCUUCCCUCUCCUGACUCUCAGCCGCCCCAGUCCCUCGUCCCCUGGCCUUCAGAGCUGACACUAGAUAGAGCCUGUGGCUCUCUCCCCAGGUGAGGGCAGGGGUUUUUUUGGUCAGCACUGGAUCCCCCUCGUUAACUGUAGGUGUUCAAGGCAGCCCUCCCAGGUCCGCAGAGCUGCGGGCACCAUGGGAACGAAGUGAGUCAGUGACCGGCGGUCUCAAGGAAAUGUCCAGAAGCCUUGGGGAUCCAGGGGAGGCCCACAGAAACAAAGAAGUGAGUCUUAGCCAAGUAUGCAGGAGAAACGGAGAAAGGAGAGCUUUCCAAGCAGGGGCAACGGUGUGUGCAAAGGCCCUGAGGUGAGCGGGAGACCCUAAUGUGCCAGAGGAGUGUCGGGGACCCAGGAUGAGGACCAAGCUGAGACACACGGAGGGGAACAAGGAGGCUGGGAAAUGCCUUCAGCUUGAGGAGCUAAGGGAAGGCCUCAUCGCAGGCCUUGGACAUGGGGGAGACAUUCGGGGGACCUGCUAUAGGCAUUAUGAUCCCAGAUUCUGAGCUGGUUUCACCAGUGACAGACUUUGUGGCCUGAUCCUAGGAGCGGGGGUGAGCUGGCGCCGAGGUGGCACUGCAGCUGCACAGCCAGGUGCUGGACCCCGCGCCUGCAGGCCAGGCUGGCUCCUUGACUUAGCAGGGAAAGGUCGCUGCUGAUGCUGGCUGGGGAGGCCCAGUGCCAGGCUUAG